AUCGUUGUGCACACUGAGAGAUGUGAUUUAAACCUCAUCUUAUUAUCAUUUCAUCUAAAUGUAAGUCAUACCCAUUCGUUUUAUUUAUAUCACGGAGCCAGCUAAUCAUCUUUUCUGUUGCUAUCACUUUCUGUUAAGUUAUUGUGAAAGUUUUGUUAUUACAUUGAUGUCUCAUGUGAACUGGCCCACAGCACCUGCUCAGCUCAUCGUUUGUGAAGUGUGUGGCUCAUUCUUUGACUCCCGACGGGGGCUCGCCAACCAUGCCAGGGGGCACCUUCGCCAGCUCGGUGUAUCUGAACCUGGUGCUGCUCCCAUAGACCUUCUAAACCGGCUUAUAGCAGAGAGAGAUGGGGAAUUUCCGAGUUUCAAAACACACUCAAGUUUUUCUGGGUUCAGCCCUAACCACCAAACAUCACAUCAGGAUGCCAGUCCAGUAUGUGCGGAUGAGGGCACCAUGUACAACGCAGGGCAUAGAGUCUCGACAACCCCCCAAAGCACUUCUCUUCUGCCAUUAUCGUCAUCGGCACUUAAGAUGCUUGAGUCUAGAUUAAGUGACUCUGGAAACUCUUCUACCUUAGAAACCUUAACCAAGCCACUAUGGGCUCCACUGGCAACAGACGCUCCUAUCACUUUAGACACUACUGAGGAACUCCACGUUUGUCAUCUUUGUGGUUGCUGGUGUGAAACUCGCAAAGGCCUGUCAAGUCACGCCCGAUCCCACCUUCGACAGUUGGGGAUCCCAGACGGCGAUGGCAACCCUAUUGAGACCCUUUAUCAACUGAUGGAGGAGGAAGAUCUCAAACCGGUCAACUGUGAAACAACUCCGGCUCUCCAGUCCAGCCCUUUGACCAAAGCCACCAAACGCCCGGCUGAAGUCUCCUCGCCAAUGAUGUCUACGCCAAACAAACAGCCAAAAAAAGGAAAUUUUUAUUGCGUUUUGUGUGGAGAGACAUUUGAAAACCACAAAGGCCUGGCCAUUCACUCACGCUAUCAUUUGCGACACUUUGGGGUGGAUGACUUACUUGGGAAGGAGUCCUCAAUUGAAGCUAUCCAGGAGUUGAUUGAGAGUGGUGUGUUGAAACCUCUUCCUAAAAACUAACUCCCCAACACCAACUUCUCCAGUUCAGCCUCUGUCCCCAAUUUCAUCCAAGUUUUCCCCAAUUUCAUCCAAGUCUCCCUCAACAGCAAAAGGUGCACCAAAGGCUAAAAAAGGCUUUCGAUUUGCAGUGGAUCCAUUUUUUAGAAAACCAAAGCCAGAAAACACAGAAAGAAGUAUCUCAGAUGUACAGAUGGUUGGCAGAAACUCUCCUCUACCUGCUACAAAAAUCUUUAUUGCUGAUUCAGAAAAACCACCAACAAUCCCUUGUGAUUACUGCAGCCAGUUGUUUGACACGCGUAAAGCCCUUUCUUGUCACGUUCGUUGUCAUUUAAGGGAGCUGGGAGUCGCGUUGCCUCUUAACACUUCUCCAAUUGAACUUC